AUGGUCACUACGUCGCUAAGAUUCGUACCCAGUCUGGAAGCUGCUGCAUUAGUCGUCAAAUCAAUUUAUGAGCAAGAAAUUUAUGAGGCACUAGUUGAACACAUUCGAGUAAUCCAAACAACUCUAGAAAACUAUAAACCACAAGAAGAUGAAUUUAAAGAAGCAUACCAGAAGUAUAUUGAUACCCUGAAAAAAAUAGAAAAGCAUAUCAAACAACUAAGAAAACCUGGGAAGUUUAGUCAACGAUAUAGAAUGGAAAUAUUGAAAUUUAUAAAUCCUAAUAAGGAUGAACAACUGUUUAAACAAUUUACGGAUGCAUUAACACAAGCAAUCAACGCAUUCCAUUUAGAAGUGGGUGUACAAAUGUUCAACGAAAUAUCGAAACAGUCAGAAGUACUAGCAGAACUUACAAAUAUCGUUAAAGGAGUUAAUCCUCGUCCAUCAGCUGUAAUAAAAACAAGUAUUGAUCACAUUUUAAUCACCGAUUAUCCGUUAGAGAAAAAGGAUGUCGUAAGCAGGAGAAAAGCGUUAGUAAAGAAAAUAUUUCGUGGUCAACCAGUUGCUGUGAGAAGAUUGGUAUCUGAUUAUUCUGAGCUUGAUGAAAUCAUGAGAGACAAACUAGAAAAUGAACUGGUCAUUCGAAAUUUUUUUUUCCACGGUGCAAACGUACUCCAUCAUAAUAUCGGAACUAAAAACGUAUUAUUGGAUGAACACCUGACUGCAAAACGCUCAAAUUUUGAUACGAGUAGAUUUACACACCAAACUACAACUACUAUUCCUGGAUUGAGAGAUGGCCUUGAUUUCGGAAUGACUCUUUGGGAAAUAGCUGCAAACGGUAAAAGUCCAUUUUCCGAAAUCGAAUAUUUGGAACUAGAAUAUGCAAUAAUUUCAGGGACACGUCCAUUAAUUCCAGACGAUACUCCACCAGCAUUCGAGAAACUCAUAAGAGAAGUUUGGGAAGAGAAAUGGAAUAAAAGACCGAAGAUUGAUGUAAUUGCCGAAAACUUGUAUAUAAAUUAUCAAUCACUUGUAGAAGGAAAUUCACAAAUAAAGAAUUGA